AUAGGGCUGGACCUGGUGUACACCUGGCUAGAUACAUGCAUGUGUAAAUUGGGCCGUGUGAACGUUGCUAGAGAGUGAUGAAGCCUGAUUCAGGCACUCCUGAUGUGGAGGACCGCGGGAAGAUGGAGCGGCUACGGCCGGAGCGGCGUCCGAGGCAGCGUGUUCAGAAGGUGUGGCGUAGUGUGUGCUGGGCAGACUCCUUUUCCGACGAGUCCCUCGUCAUGGACACAAUCGACAUCACCGCAGACUUCGCCCUCAGGAAGAUCGCCACGCUGUUCGAGAACCGGAAGUAUGAGGAGUGUGCCUCCCUCAUCCGCCGCCUCAACAACCUCAUGGUGAAGGCCAUCCUCAAGGAGGUACCUAUUGACGUUAUCCACGAGGCGCUGCCGUACAGUGCGUGUAUUCUCGAGGCGCUGUAUGUCAAGGUGUAUCAGACGUAUGCAGAUCAGUUCCCGAUGGCCGAGAUGCACUUGGAACAGUUGGUCAAGCGGAUGGUGUGUAUCUUCGCGAAACAGUACAGUGCCAACAAGGGAGAUAAGAACUCUAACAUGUUCCUACCGUCUUUCAGAACAGUGCUGCGGAUCAUUAUCUCUGUGCAGCCAGACUUCCGCCGCCAGAUGUUUCUCAAGAAGAAGAGCAUUGAUCAGUGCCUCCUACGUCUUGGUCACCAUGGGAUGGUGGACAGCUCUGGUGGCAGACUCAUGAGUCUCCACGAUGCACUUAAGGUGGAGUUCGAGAGAGUUGUGAUACAGUAUAAGUGUGCCAUACAGAAGAUGGACGACCUGAGCCUGUCUGCUAAACAUCCGACCAGUAGUUCUGUGACAUCCGGCAAAGCGCCUACAAACGCCAGUCACCAGCGACUAAUGCAGGUGACCCGAUCUGACGUCCAGAACCGCCUCAUCAAGAACAAGACACUGCUGAACGUUGUUGAACCGUCCAUAACCAGCCAAUAUUUGAAACAUUUGAUCACGGUGCUGCAAAAAAGGAUCGAAUACGACAAGUAUAUGCUGUUUCACGACACGGAGCUGCGGAAGAUGAGCGGCAUCGUGGACGACGACGUCUACCUCUCCGUCACUCUACGUCAGUUCUCGCAGGGAUAUGCAGCCAUGUUGCAGGUGCUAAGGGAAAUAACUGGCGAUGACUACAUCCCGGAGGAGAUUGGUAAUGGCAACCUCAGCUCCAGCGAGGACGAUACUCUAGAGAGACGUAUCACGUCUACAGUCAAUGGCAGGAUUAAAUCAGGGCACGGCGGUGGGAAAAUACCAAACUCAGGUGUCGGUACAGGGCCUGCAGGAAAUGGCAGUGUCGAGAGCUCGCCACAGAGGAGCGGUGCGCUACCCAGUCUUCCAACAGGGCAUUACCGCUGGCAGCCUUACAGCAACGCCAGUAGCGGCAACAUCACUCACAGCACCACCACGCCCUCAUACUAUUCAGUGGACAUGAUGACGUCAUUUUCAUCUGGUGGCGCUGAACAUGAGGUCAGGUCUAACGGAAACAUGUCACGUGACACGACGUCAGGCGACGUGUCAGCUCUGCAACGUCAAGUCGAGCGACUGCGCCUUGAAUUGUCAGAAGCACAAGAUCAAAUACACAAGUUGGAGACAAGAGAAGUUCAGUUGAAAGAAAGAUUGUCAGAUCAGGUUCACAAGCAGUUCACUGUGAACGCCGGCAGCUUUGAAAAUAUCAACCUUGGCAGUGGUAAACGCCCCACUGAGCUGAUCAGACAGUAUGGGAACCUGUACACUGACGGCCGCGUGGACGCCAUGGACGCCCUCAACAGCUUCACGCAGUUGGGCGACCUCGACGUCCUCAAGAUGAAGAUCCUCUUCUCUGUGAUCGUGUUAGCCUUCCGGGCAGUUCAACAAUCCUUGCAAGAUCUUAAACAGAAACUGCACCAGAUGCUCAAUAUCCCCACUCCCGAUGCAGCUUCCGGUGACGUCGACCCCUUGUCACGUGACUUGGAACGCCACCUAGAUUACUACCUCAGCCAGUCAGCUGACAGAUUUGACUUAUGUAAAUGUGUGCAGGAUGUAUGCACGCAGAUCUACGCCACCCUGUACGACUAUCCCUGUCUCAAGGACUGUCCAGUGCUGGUCGACUACAUCCGGGAGUGUGUCCGCCUUUCGUGGGGGUUGUCCGUCCUCAACCCUUCCUACAUCAUCGUGUACGACAGCCGCUCCUUCUCUGCCGAUUCCCACACCCGAUUCCAUACAUCAAACGCCGAUCGUGACGACAUUCAAUGCUUCCUUUGGCCGUCACUGAUAGAGCAGCAGACAGGCGGGGUUUUGCACAAGGGGGUCGUGAUCACGUGACGACACACUCUGCUUGUGAUACUCUGAUGAUGCUAUAGUGCUACAAGACUUUCACUGAGCCGAACGUGCAGCUAUUCAGUCACUAAGGGCAUGCACAUUUACAGUACUAGUUUCAGAAAAAGAUAUUCAAACAUCUUAAUUUGACCAGUAUGAAUGUACAUAUGUAAGAAUAAAACUGCUAUUCUCGCUGGCCACCUCUGCACUACUCCGUGGCUUUGUGUUAGUUACUCUACAUCACCGCUACAGCAACAUGGGAACGAUAUAUUAGUUACUCUACAUCACCGUUACAGCAACAUGGGAACGAUAUGUUAGUUACUCUACAUCAUCGCUACAGCAACAUGGGAACGAUAUGUUAGUUACUUAAUCAACGCUACAGCAACAUGGGAACGAUAAUUUAGUUACUCUACAUCAACACUCCAGCAACAUGGGAACGAUAUGUUAGUUACUCUACAUCAACACUCCAGCAACAUGGGAACGAUAUGUUAGUUACUCUACAUCAAAGCUAGACAUGGGAAAGAUAUGUUAGUUACUCUACAUCACCGCUACAGCAACACCGGAACGAUAUGUUAGUUACUCUACAUCACCGCUACAGCAACAUGGGAACGAUAUGUUAGUUACUCUACAUCACCGCUACAGCAACAUGGGAACGAUAUGUUGGUUACUCUUCAUCAUCGCUACAGCAACAUGGGAACGAUAUGUUAGUUACUCUACAUCACCGCUACAGCAACAAGGGAACGAUAUGUUAGUUACUCUACAUCACCGCUACAGCAACAUGGGAACGAUAUGUUAGUUACUCUACAUCAACGCUACAGCAACAAGGGAACGAUAUGUUAGUUACUCUACAUCACCGUUACAGCAACAUGGAACGAUAUGUUAGUUACUCUACAUCAACGCUACAGCAACAUGGGAACGAUAUGUAAGUUACUCUACAUCACCGCUACAGCAACACCGGAAUGAUAUGUUAGUUACUCUACAUCAUCGCUACAGCAACAUGGGAACGAUAUGUUAGUUACUCUACAUCACCGCUACAGCAACACCGGAACGAUAUGUUAGUUACUCUACAUUAACGCUACAGCAACAAGGGAACGAUAUGUUAGUUACUCUACAUCACCGUUACAGCAACAUGGGAACGAUAUGUUAGUUACUCUACAUCAUCGGUACAGCAACAUGGGAACGAUAUGUUAGUUACUCUACACCAAUGCUACAGCAACAUGGGAAAGAUAUGUUAGUUACUCUACAUCAACGCUACAGCAACAAGGGAACAAUAUGUUAGUAACUAUACAUCACCGUUACAACAACAUGGGAACGAUAUGUUAGUUACUCCACAUCAUCGCUACAGCAACAUGGGAAUGAUAUGUUAGUUACUCUACAUAAUCGCUACAGCAACAUGGGAAUGAUAUGUUAGUUACUCUACAUCACCGCUACAGCAACAUGGGAAUGAUAUGUUAGUUACUCUACAUCAACGCUACAGCAACAUGGGAACGAUAUGUUAGUUACUCUACAUCAACACUACAGCAACAUGGGAACGAUAUGUUAGUAACUAUACAUCACCGCUACAGCAACAUGGGAACGAUAUGUUAGUAACUAUACAUCAACGCUACAGCAACAUGGGAACGAUAUGUUAGUAACUAUACAUAAACGCUACAGCAGCAUGGGAACGAUAUGUAAGUAACUAUACAUCACCGCUACAGCAGCAUGGGAACGAUAUGUUAGUAACUAUACAUCAACGCUACAGCAACAUGGGAACGAUAUGUUAGUAACUAUACAUCAACGCUACAGCAACAUGGGAACGAUACGUUAGUUACUCUACAUCACCGCUACAGCAACAUGGGAACGAUAUGUUAGUUACUCUACAUCACCGCUACAGCAACAUGGGAACGAUAUGUUAGUUACUCUACAUCAACGCUACAGCAACAUGGGAAAGAUAUGUUAGUUACUCUACAUCAUCGCUACAGCAACAUGGGAACGAUAUGUUAGUUACUCUACAUCAACGCUACAGCAACAUGGGAAAGAUAUGUUAGUUACUCUACAUCAUCGCUACAGCAACAUGGCAACGAUAUGUUAGUUACUCUACAUCACCGCUACAGCAACAUGGGAACGAUAUGUUAGUUACUCUACAUCACCGUUACAGCAACAUGGGAACGAAAUGUUAGUUACUCUACAUCACCGCUACAGCAACAUGGGAACGAUAUGUUAGUUACUCUACACCAAUGCUACAGCAAAAUCGGAAUGAUAUGUUAGUUACUCUACAUCAAUGCUACAGCAACAUGGGAACGAUAUGUUAGUUACUCUACAUCACCGCUACAGCAACAUGGGAACGAUAUGCUAGUUACUCUACAUCACCGCUACAGCAACAUCGGAACGAGACCUUGUGUUGUGAAUACAUACAUGUACAUAAACAUCAAACUAUUGAUUUUUAAUAAAUUUUUAUAACGUUUA